UGACACUAAUGACACAUCAUUGUCAAAAAAUUAUAGCAUUGUUUAUUUUUGUAUAAAGUUCGUACAAAACGUGAUAAAUAACUAAAAUACCUUCAAGCGAAAUAUUUUUAAUUUAAUGUUUUAAUAUCCCAAAACUUUCUACGUUUAGAAAACAUGACGUCAGUGCAAGAACGCCUCCAACUCAAAAGGGAGCCCCUGGACAAGUGGUCAGUCCGUGAACAAUUAUGCCUAGCCUCGGCCGUUUGUCGCAGCGGGGACCAAAAUUGGAUGUCGGUUUCGAGAGCCCUAAAACCAUUCGGCGAACCCAAUCGUCCAUCGGACUGGUUCCAUCAAAAAAACUGCGCAGCACAGUAUGGCAUGCUUUUAGGUAAUGUGGAAACGCCGAAGAGGAAAAAUAAAAAAAGUAGCGUAGAAUCUGGUAUAGAGACACCAGCUGAAAGUAUUUUGAAACGGCUGGUGACCGAAAGGCAGGCGGAAUUGAAGAAAUUGCUUGCCGAAGAAAGGGCCGAGUAUCAAAAGUUGCAAAAGGAUAUGAUACUGCUACAAGCAGGCAAAGUCACUGAAGACCAGCUCGACAAGUGGUGUCAAGAAAUCGAAGAGGAAGAAACCCGUAAAGAGCAAGAAAGCCAAGCGCACGCACAAUGGCUAAAAGAACGCGAAUUCCGUAAACAAGAGAUCGAAAAAGCGUGGCGACCCGCCAAGGCGGUGGCCGGUCAGAAACGCAAGAAUUCCGACAUCUUGGAUAACCUGAUGGAUCAGGAGCACGUCGAGGAGAUGAUACAGCAACAGCAGCAUCACCACCACCACCAACAGGUCUAUCCGCAAACUCCGGAACCUGCGAAGCCUGCUUUGUCACCUUUGCUGACUAGUUUGCUGAAAAGUCCAUCUCAAGCUCAAAAUACGCCUAUUUUGCAUACGGCAAUCACUAAUAGACCUGCGCCUAAUACCAACACCAACCCAAUGAUUGCUAGUUUGUUGAAUUCUUCAACAAAUGUUACGGUUUCCCCUGGAUUACAACAAUUAGUAAGUUCUGCAAUCGGACAAGAAACUCCAGAUCUCAUACAACAUCAACAACAGCACCAACAACAGCAGCAGCAACAACAACAACAUCAGCAUCAAUUCCAUCAAGUCCAACAUCAACAGCAUAUCAGGCACGACAUUCUAGAUGACGCCAACAUGCCCAACAUCAAGCUCGACGAUCUUGCAAAUAGCAUUUUGGUACAGGACGGACCCUUACCGGAAAUCAAAAAGGAAGAAGUCGACGAUAUCAUUUCGGAAAUCAUACAAGCCGAUCCCGAGCAACAUCUUCAACUCGACGGUAACGGUGACCUCAAUUUGAAUCUAGAACUCGACGAUUUCGACGACGACGAAGCGUUGGAGGAGUUUCAACAGCAGCAAGACCAACAGCAGCAGUUGCAUCAACAGCAGCAGUUGCAACAACAACAACAGCAGUUACAGCAGCAACAGCAGCAAUUUCAACAGCAGCAGCAACAGCAGCAAUUUCAACAGCAGCAGCUGCAACAGCAACAAUUACAACAACAGCAGCAGCAGUUACAACAACAGCAACAGCAGCAGUUACAACAACAGCAGCAGCAGUUACAACAACAGCAGGAGCAGCAGUUACAGCAACAACAACAGCAGCAGCAGCAGCAGCAAUUACAACAAUUGCAACCUAAGGAAGAACCUAAAAUUGAGACGAAAUCUGAAGAAAAAGCUAUGAAUUCUACUCCAGCUCCGGUUGUUGAUCCCUUCGAGUUUCAAGAAGAUCCUGUGAUACAUUUGGAUACCACUCUUAAGGUUUCUGCGAUAAAUAAACAAGACCACAAACAGUACGUUCCUCAAUAUCAGCAACAAACUAGUCAAUUAGAAUCGGUAAGCAGUUCCGACAUGGAAGAUCAUCAGCAACAACAUACAACUCAAAGUGUCGAUAUUCAAGCAGAAGAUAACGACAUUGUUCCGGUAAACACGCAAGAACCACAAUCGUCAAUGGAACCUCCUCAAGACACGUCCCAAGUCUUUCAACCGAAAAUCGAAGAGCCUACAGUGCCUGGUUCGGUGGAAAUCGUGGAAGUGGUCGUCACCGAUGAAGACGACGAUACGGAUAAAGACAUAUUGAAAUCGGAUACUUUAAAUUCCGUAAAAUCGGACGAUUCCGAAGACGUGAAAUCGAUUCAGGCCGAAAUCGAAGAUAAAAUUAUUAAAAUGGAAGAAACUGAAGAGAGCAGUCCGCCAGAAAGCAAGGAUACAGCAUCGAUAGCGACGUUCGAAGAAUCGUCCGAAGCCUCCGACUCAGCGGUAGAAGUGAAAAAAGAGCCCUGCGGUCCUAUCGCCGACAGCCAAGACAGCGGCGACGGCGACCAAAAACCUAAUUUCGGCGACGAACUUUUCGACGAGCUCAACAUGGAGGUGAAAUUCGACAAGAGCGGCAAGAAACGCGAUUACUCCCGUACGAAGAAGAAGGAGGAAAAGGGAUUCGAUAUCCUUCUGGCGAUCGAAAAGGCUCAUCUGGAGGAAUCCGAAUUGACCGAAGAGACUUUAUCGGACGCCACCACCGAUACGGAGAAGAAGGACGCGAAAUUGUUGAAAAUUAAGACUGAGCUCGACCGGUCGAAUAGUCCUUGGACCGAAGAAGAGGAAGGGGGAGCGAAGUUUAGCAGCAAAAGACGGUAUUCCACACCGGUUACUCCGACUGAUUCGAUUCCGAAUUCGCCUGCGUCUUCGACGGCGUUUUUGGACGACGAUCGGGAACACAGGAAUUGGAAGAAGUCGGUGAUGUUGGUGUACAAUCGAUUGGCCACGCAUAAGUACGCUUCGUUGUUUUUGAAGCCUAUUACAGACGAUCAUGCGCCAGGUUACAGUAACACCGUUUACCGACCCAUGGACCUGCUCACGAUCAAAAAGAACGUCGAAAACGGCACCACGCGAUCUACGUUGGAAUUCAAGCGCGACACCAUGUUGAUGUUCAUGAACGCCAUCAUGUACAACAGAACCAACAGUUUGGUGUACACCAUGGCUCUAGAAAUGCAACAGGAAUGCGUGGAACCUAUUGAAAUACUCAUGAUGGCGGAAACCCACAAAGACAUCUCGCUGAGAAGGGAAACUCGCACCAGUGAUAUAGGUACAAAAAGGAAAAGGACGUUGACAGACGAAAUAUUAAUUAAAUCGACGACGAAGAAGCGGAAGGAAGAUUAGCGCGGAAACGGAUCGGACGUUGAGAAACAAUUUUGAAUUUGGCCUUGCGAUUUUUUGGUUGUGUACAAAUAGAGUUAAAUAAUUAUGUUGAUGUUAGUAUUAGAGAAUUAUAAUGUUCAUUUGUAAAUAUAGAAGUAAAGAAUCUUUUUUUUUUCA